AAACUGUAUAAAUGCAAACAGUCUUAUCUACUUAUCUUACUUUAAACGCGUUAGGCAUGUGCAGUACUGUUUACUCACUCGUACUUUACCUUCGUGAGGUUUACCGAUAGCUUCGUACUUUUGGAUCAUUCUACACUUCAACUUUUGACUAAACAUUAAAGUUUUGGGAAAACGAUGGAGGAAACCGGGAAUAAAGAUACUUCUCGGAAAAGAAAGAUAAUAAUGGGGAUGGAUGGGAGUAGAAACGCGGAAGAAGCGUUGACAUGGUUUAAGGAAAAUCUUCACGAACCCGGCGACUUUUUGAUAUUGGUGCACAUCCCGGAGUAUAAACAUCUUAUCACUAUGCCGGUGAUGACGUCAGACGCCGCUCUGAUGUCGAGGAUCGUGGACGAGGAGCAACACGUGACCACGGAGCGCAUGACGAAGUUCCAAACACUCCUAGACCAUCAAGGCAUCCAGGGCUCUGUCAAGGAGAUGGGUGGCGAUCCUGGCCACCAGCUGAUAGAGGCUGCGGUUCAGGAGGGCGCUGAUUUCAUCAUCACCGGAAAUCGUGGCCUCGGGACGCUUAGGCGGACCUUUCUGGGAAGUGUCAGCGACUAUGUGGUUCACCAUUCGCCAGUUCCGGUCAUCGUGUGCCGCCUUCCACAUUCGCAUCACUAGUUUCGGUGAAGCGUCAUAUAAGUCGGUCAUGAUGGCACUUACUAGUUCAUUAGGUGCCUUUGUGCCGGCAUCAGGCGACGUUUCAGACAUUUUUCAAGAUAUUAAGUUCCAAAGACACUUCUUUGUAUUUAGGAAUGUUAGGCUUGUAACAAUUGUUGUAGUGAAUCUUAUGUUCGUCUUUAAGUUUGUGUCAUUUAGUUACUGAAGAGAAUGUAUGGGUGUUAAUGGUCGGCUUACAUAAUAAUUUGUGAAUAAUAAGCACAGUUGUUUUAAGAUAGUGCGUUGUUAUGUAUAUUACUGUUAAUGCUUGCAUUUUAGACAUUGCAGGGUCUUUUCACGUUUUGGUAAAUUGACAAAAUAAAUAAAAAUGUUUUCAUAUUCGCAGAUUGUCGAUGUAGUUAUGAUAUUUGUGAGGAAACAGUAAUACUGAACAUUAACCAAGCUCUACAAUAUCCAUGAUAUGCAUCUUUUGACGAUUUAAAAACCUGAACAUUAUAAGGCGUUGCAACGCGAAAAGAUUGACUAAUUUGGAGAUUUCUGAUGUUGUUAUAUUUUGGGAUACUACGAAUAUUGCAUAUAAAGAAUACAGUACAUCAUUCAUUGAAUGAGCACGGAUGGCCGAGUGGUCUAAGCGAAAGACUUUUACCCCAGGGGUCAGUGGUUCAAGCCAAAUUGAGGGUUACUUUUUUUAUUCUUUCUUUAAUUUUAUUCUUGUUUUUUUACUGGAGCUUUUUAGAUCCAACGUUUACAUUUAUCAAUAUAGAGCAUUUAAUGACAAACUUCAAUACAUACCCAAAUCUGUGAAAAUGCCCCUUUAUUUGCUCAUUUUUGAUGUUUUAUGGCAAUCAGAAUGUAUAUCCAUCUCAAUAAUUGUUUUUUUCCUAAUGCAUAUAUUGCCAUGCUCAACCGAUAACAAUACAAUGUGUUAAUCAUGAACGUUGCACUUCCACCUACAUUAAAAGAGCUAUCAGGCAUUUGGGAUUUGAUUUAAUUUAAGAAACAGUGUUACCCGAUUGGGUAUAUGGACCUCUUGCAAAUUAUAAAAUAGGUUGUUGUUGUUCCAUGCAUGAACCACGCACAAAAACAGAACUACUGUGUAAGCCCUACUAAAAGUGAUGUGUCUUUCAAAAUAAUAAUAAACAAUUAGAACAGGUAUUUAAAUGAGUGGAGGAAUUGUAUGAGGGUUAAAGCUUCAUUUACUCCUUGAAAGUAGUAUGUAUUUGAUUGUGUGGACGCGUUUUGAAAUUUUAAAACUAUAAUCCUCACCAACGUGUACACACCGGCUUUAUUUAUAUGCUUAUUAUUAGUGUAUUCAUAAGCACCAUUGUUUGCAUGAACCGUUACACUUUUUAUGAUCAUAGCAUGGAUAGAAUAUGCAAAGGGCUGUUUAUGAAUCCUUUUGUAAAACAUUUGACUUAUUAAAUACAUCCGUUAUUCAAUAUAUUACAAAGUACAAUUCACGUUUCUGGGUAAGUUCCCAUCUACUUUAAAGACAUUGUUUGUAGAAAGAAGGAUAAUUAUGUUAUUAUGACGUAUGGUCUUUCAAUUUGUUGCAUUAAUAUUUUUUUUUUUCAAAUCGAGGUUUAUUAGACGAUCGCCGAAAUAAACACGUUUCAACACAAAAUUAAUGACAUGCAUUUCAUGUUAUUGAGUUGCGACUUAUAAAAACCAACAAAGUUGUUGCUACUGUAACUUAACAACGUGUGUUUGUUCUCAACUAAUGUUUUAUACAAUACAUGUGACAUGUAAUGUUCUCAGGCAUCGUAGGUUAAGUCCUAGCGUUCGAUUUUGAGUUGUUGGUCUGUUAAUGAACAACGGAGGUGAGUUCUGACGAAUAGGUCUUUAUCACGAGCCAACAAUGUCUAUUUGGUUAAUACCCGCUAAUGUAUUGUUUUUAUUUUCAUUUAAACAAAUAUAAUUGUUACUAUGAUUGAAUAUGUUUUAAUUUUACAAGAUUAUUUUUGUGUUUAUUGGAUGGUUUAUCAUCAAACACUUAGUUCUUUAAAUUAUAAUAUUAGACGGAUCUGUAAAUGAUUCCGCGAUAAUAAUCUGGUUAAAUAAGGUGUUAUUUAAACGCUAGAGUGUUUUGUGCUCAUUUGUUUUAUUUGUUUGUUCAUUUAUAUUGCUUCAUCGUUGACGUUUCAUGGUCUACACAGUUUUAUAAAUUCGCAAUGAAGUCUUACGGUAUCACAUUAUGAAAUAAAGCACAAAUGAAUGUGUCUUCUUACAAAUAGAAAAUAAAUAGUAUGACAAUAA